AUGGACGGCUUGAAGGAUGUAAUCGAUUUUGUGUCAAAGAUUAAGGAUGUAGUCCGGUAUGUGAAAUCCUCGCCUUCAAGAUUUGCCAAGUUCAAGGCUUGUGCGGUAAAGGAAAAAAUUAGUGGGAGGAUGAUUUGUUCGGAUGUUUUUACUAGAUGGAACUCCACAUAUUUGAUGUUGAGUACCGCUGAAAAACACAAACAAGCCUUUGAACAAUAUGCUUUUGUGGAUAACCAAUUCUUGAACCCCACUACUAAUGUUUAUUUUGAGCAACUUUGCACAAUUGAGGAUACAUUAAAUGAUAUGUGCUUGAGUGAUGAUAUUAUCACUAGUACUAUAGGCAUAAAUAUGAGAAACAAGUAUGAGAAGUAUUGUGGUAGCACAAAUAGAGGGUGCGAGUUGGCAAAUAAGAUAGAGGACAUGGUUAAACUCCUUUUAGGCCGCUUGAUUGAGCAAUAUAACACAUUUCGUGUGGCUAGUGGGAGGAGUUCUAAUGUGACUCAAGGAAGGCCAAGCAGCACUGAUAUAAAUAUUGGUAUUGAGCUAGCACCGGUUCCUACUAAAUUUAAGAUCAUGUUUACCAACUUUCUUAAGGAACGGGGUGUUACGGAGUUUAGAUCGGAACUAGAAAGAUAUUUUUCUGAUACGUGUAUAGACGACUCGCUCAGUUUUGAUAUCUUAGAUUGGUGGAGAAUUAACGCCGUUAACUAUCCUGUCCUUGCUAAGGUAGCUCGUGAUGUGUUAGCCACCCCAUUUCCACUAUUGCCUCGGAGUCCGCAUUUAGUACUAGAGGACGCAUAUUGGAUCCUUUUAGGAGUUCCUCGUCUCUAG